UCCGGGAGAGCAGGCUUGAACACUGCGUUUCUUCUGCCCGAGCAGGACAUUACUUGCGCACUACAGAGAGUCCAGAUUCCCUCCCACAGCCAGCAUAACUCCUCCUGCCCGCACCCGCAGAAGCCCCUGCAGCUGCGGCCGGAGUCAGGGCGUCCUUGCCCUGAGUACCCCGGGGUCCUGCGCUGGGGAGCGCAUUCCACCUCUGCGUCCUCUUUGCACCACAGGCGAGGUCAGAAAGAGCCUGCGCUUGAGUUCUGGGCACUAUGCCCCGCUCCAGGUGCAGGAUGGAGAGCAAGGCGCUGCUGGCCAUCGCUCUGUGGCUCUGCGUGGAGACCCGAGCCACCACUGUGGGUUUGCCUAGUGUUUCCCUUGAUCCACCCAGGCUCAGCAUACAAAAAGACAUACUUACAAUUAUGGCUAACACAACUCUUCAAAUCACUUGCAGGGGACAGAGGGACUUGGACUGGCUUUGGCCCAAUAGUCAGAGUGGCUCGGAGGAAAGGGUGGAGGUGACGGAGUGCAGCGAUGACUUCUUCUGUAAGACACUCACAAUUCCAAAAGUGAUCGGAAAUGAUACUGGGGCCUACAAGUGCUUCUACCGGGACACUGACGUGGCCUCUGUCAUCUAUGUCUAUGUUCAAGAUUACAGAUCACCAUUUAUUGCUUCUGUUAGUGACCAGCAUGGAGUUGUGUACAUUACUGAAAACAAAAACAAAACUGUGGUGAUUCCCUGUCGGGGGUCCAUUUCAAAUCUCAACGUGUCUCUUUGUGCAAGGUAUCCAGAAAAGAGGUUUGUUCCUGAUGGCAACAGAAUUUCCUGGGACAGCACAAAAGGCUUCACUAUUCCCAGUUACAUGAUCAGCUAUGCCGGCAUGGUGUUCUGUGAAGCAAAAAUUAAUGACGAGACUUACCAGUCUAUUAUGUACAUAGUUGUGGUUGUAGGGUACAAGAUUUAUGAUGUGGUUCUGAGCCCCCCUCAUGAAGUGGAGCUAUCUGUUGGAGAGAAGCUUGUCUUAAAUUGUACAGCAAGAACUGAGCUAAAUGUGGGGCUUGAUUUCAACUGGGAAUACCCUUCUUUGAAGCAUCAGCAUAAGAAACUUAUAAACCGGGACCUUAAAACCCAGUCUAUGCCUGUGAUGAAGAAAUUUUUGAGCACCUUGACCAUAGAUGCUGUCACCCGGAGUGACCAUGGGUUGUAUACCUGUGCAGCGUCCAGUGGGCUGAUGACCAAGAAGAAUAGCACUUUUGUAAGAGUCCAUGCAAAACCCUUUGUUGCUUUUGAUAGUGGCACAGAAUCUUUGGUGGAAGCCACAGUGGGAGAUCGUGUCAGAAUCCCUGUGAAGUACCUCGGUUACCCAACCCCUGAAAUCAAAUGGUAUAAAAAUGGAAGACUCCUUGAAUCCAAUCACACAAUCAAAGUGGGGCAUGUCCUGACCAUUAUGGAAGUGAGUGAAAAAGACACAGGGAAUUACACCAUCAUCCUUACCAAUCCCAUUUCAAAGGAGAAGCAGAGCCACGUGGUGGCUCUGGUGGUGAAUGUCCCACCCCAAAUUGGUGAGAAGUCCCUGAUCUCUCCCGUGGAUUCCUACCAGUACGGCACCACGCAAACCCUGACGUGUACCGUCUAUGCUGUUCCUCCCCCUCGUCACAUCCACUGGUAUUGGCAGCUGGAGAGAGAGUGCUCCUACAAGCCCAGCCAAUCUGCCUUAAUGACAAACCAAUAUACUUGUAAAGAAUGGAGAAAUGUGGAAGACUUCCAGGGUGGAAAUAGAAUUGAAGUCAACAAAAAACAAUAUGCCCUCAUCGAAGGAAAAAACAAAACUGUAAGUACUCUUGUCAUCCAAGCUGCGAAUGUGUCAGCUCUGUACAAAUGUGAAGCCGUCAACAAAGCCGGCAGAGGAGAGAGGAUUAUCUCCUUCCACGUGACCAAGGGUCUUGAAAUUACUUCACAACCUGCCAGCCAGCCCACCGAGCAGGAAAGCAUGUCUCUGUGGUGCACUGCAGACAGAACCACAUUUGAGAACCUCACGUGGUACAAGCUCCACCCACAGGCUAUCCCCACAGGAGAGCUGCUCACACCUAUUUGCAAGAACUUGGAUGCUCUUUGGAGACUGAAUGCCACCGUGUUCUCUAAUAGCACAAAUGAUGUUUUGACCUUGGAGUUCCAGAAUGUGUCCUUGCAGGACCAAGGAGACUAUGUCUGCUCUGCUCAAGACAGGAAGACCAAGAAGAGACAAUGUGUGGUCAGGCAACUCACAGUCCUAGAGCGCAUGGCACCCAUGAUCGUAGGAAACCUAGAGAAUCAGACGACAAGUAUCGGUGAAACCAUCGAAGUGGCCUGCACAGCGUCUGGGAACCCCCCUCCACAGAUAAUGUGGUUUAAAGACAACGAGACCCUCGUAGAAGACUCAGGCAUUGUGUUGAAGGACGGGAACCGGAACCUAACUAUCCGAAGAGUGAGGAAGGAGGACGAAGGCCUCUACACCUGCCAGGCCUGCAAUGUCCUUGGGUGUGCCAAAGGGGAGAUGUUUUUCAUAAUAGAAGGUGCCCAGGAAAAGACCAACUUGGAAGUCAUUAUUUUAGUAGGCACCGCGGUGAUUGCCAUGUUCUUCUGGCUACUUCUUGUCAUCGUGCUCCGGACCGUUAAGCGGGCCAAUGGAGGGGAACUGAAGACGGGCUACUUGUCCAUUGUCAUGGAUCCAGAUGAGCUGCCCCUGGACGAGCACUGUGAACGCCUGCCUUAUGAUGCCAGCAAAUGGGAGUUCCCGAGGGACCGGCUCAAGCUAGGUAAACCUCUUGGCCGUGGUGCCUUUGGCCAAGUGAUUGAGGCUGAUGCCUUUGGAAUUGACAAGACAGCAACGUGUAAGACUGUGGCCGUCAAAAUGUUGAAAGAAGGAGCCACACACAGUGAACACAGAGCCCUUAUGUCUGAACUCAAGAUCCUCAUUCAUAUUGGCCACCAUCUCAAUGUGGUCAACCUUCUAGGUGCCUGCACCAAGCCAGGAGGCCCUCUCAUGGUGAUUGUGGAAUUCUGCAAGUUUGGGAACCUGUCAACCUACUUACGAGGCAAGAGAAAUGAAUUUGUUCCCUACAAGACCAAAGGGGCACGAUUCCGUCAAGGAAAAGACUAUGUUGGGGAAAUCUCUGUGGAUUUGAAGCGUCGCUUGGACAGCAUCACCAGUAGCCAGAGCUCAGCCAGCUCUGGGUUUGUCGAAGAGAGAUCCCUCAGUGACGUGGAGGGAGAAGAAGCUUCAGAAGAUCUGUACAAGGACUUCCUGACCUUGGAGCAUCUCAUCUGCUAUAGCUUCCAAGUGGCUAAGGGCAUGGAGUUCUUGGCAUCACGGAAGUGUAUCCACAGGGACCUGGCAGCACGAAAUAUCCUCUUGUCAGAGAAGAACGUGGUUAAAAUCUGUGACUUUGGCUUGGCCCGGGAUAUUUACAAAGACCCAGAUUAUGUCCGAAAAGGAGAUGCCCGCCUCCCUUUGAAGUGGAUGGCCCCGGAAACAAUUUUUGACAGAGUGUAUACAAUUCAGAGUGAUGUGUGGUCCUUUGGUGUUUUGCUCUGGGAAAUAUUUUCCUUAGGUGCUUCUCCAUAUCCGGGGGUAAAGAUUGAUGAAGAAUUUUGUAGGCGAUUGAAAGAAGGAACAAGAAUGAGGGCCCCUGAUUAUACCACACCAGAAAUGUACCAGACCAUGCUUGACUGCUGGCAUGAGGAGCCCAACCAGAGACCCACGUUUUCAGAGUUGGUGGAACAUUUGGGAAAUCUUCUACAAGCGAACGCUCAGCAGGAUGGCAAAGACUACAUUGUUCUUCCCAUAUCAGAGACUCUGAGCAUGGAAGAGGAUUCUGGACUCUCUCUGCCUACCUCACCUGUUUCCUGUAUGGAGGAAGAGGAAGUGUGUGACCCCAAAUUCCAUUAUGACAACACAGCAGGAAUCAGUCAGUAUCUGCAGAACAGUAAGCGAAAGAGCCGGCCAGUAAGUGUAAAAACAUUUGAAGAUAUCCCAUUGGAAGAACCAGAAGUAAAAGUAAUCCCAGAUGACAACCAGACGGACAGUGGUAUGGUUCUUGCAUCAGAAGAGCUGAAAACUCUGGAAGACAGAACCAAGUUAGCUCCAUCUUUUAGUGGAAUGAUGCCCAGCAAGAGCAGGGAGUCGGUGGCAUCUGAAGGCUCAAACCAGACCAGUGGCUACCAGUCUGGGUAUCACUCCGAUGACACGGACACCACGGUGUACUCCAGCGAGGAGGCAGAACUCUUAAAGCUGGUGGAGGUUGGAGUGCAAGGUGGCAGCACAGCCCAGAUUCUCCAGCCUGAUACCGGGACCACGUUGAGCUGUCCUCCUGUUUAAAAGGAGGUGCCCGAGCUCCCCCCCACUCCUGUAAAUCACAUGAGAGGUGCUGCUCAGAUUGUCAAGUGUUGUUCUUUCCACCACCCGGAAGUAACCACAUUUGAUUUUCCUUUCAGAAAAGGACCUCGGACUGCAGGGCUCGUCCUCUAGGCAUUUCCUGAGAGGUGGCUUGUGACCUAAGAAUGUGUUUGUGUCUUCUCCCAGUGUUGACCGAAUUCUCUCUUUCAUUCAUUUAAAAAGCGUGUAUAAUGCACCCUGCUGUGGGUCUCAGCAUGGUUAGAACAAGAGACUAGUUCUAGGAACAGCCCUCCUAAAGAAGUGGCAACUUAAAAACUAGAAGGUAAACCAAGCAGUGUAGGUGCCUUAGGUGUUGGAGAUGGGAACGGUUUGCAGGGCCGAGUCCACCUAGGAGGCUUGGUUGAGCACAUGGGCUGCGAGUCCGCCUCAAGUGUGGGAUGUGAACUGAAGGAAAGGAAGAUGCGAGCUUGCUAUGGAGACAGUGCCAGAGGCUGCGGAUGCGCUUUGUGGCUCUGGGGAAGUGGUGCAUGAUCCCUCGAUCCCUCGGGAAAUGUAAAGGGUUCAGCAAGGUUUCUGUUCUGGUUUUAGAAGGUUGCGUGCGCUUCCCAGUUGGACUAAAGGCGAGUUCCUGGUGCUGUUUCCGACUCCUGAUGAGAGUUCCUUCCGGACCCUGACGUGUCUCCUGGCUGAGCCCCAGGAAGGAAAUGAUGAGGCUCUGGCUCCUUGUCUCCCAGGCCGAUCCUUUAUUCAGAGCGCCACAAAGAAGGGACAUUCAGCCCGAGGCUCCCUGUCAUGUUGACGGACUCCAACUGCACCAACCAGUUUCUGGUUUCUUCUGGAUGAAUGCCUACAUAUGUGUCCUGAUGGGAUGUGUCCAGGACUGAAUGCUGUGGGCUCAGUGUCCAGCUGCGGUGGCAAAGCUGUAGGAAGGGUUUGUCCCUUGGUUCCCCCAUCCUCAUCCCCAGCCCUUCAGUAUUUUAGUUACUCGGCUUCUCUACACUCCAGAUAGCCUGAUUGGGUUUGUUCACUCAUUGAAUUGAUUAUUAGCCAGAUUUCAAAAUGACCUUAUAGCCAAAGUUUUAACAAAAUCUAUUGUAUUAUUUAGACUUUUAACAUAUAAAGCUAUUUCUACUGGUUUUUGCCCUUGUUUUUUUUUCCUUUAAAAAAGAAAAGAAAAGACAGAAAGAAAAUGUAUUUUUUCAUUUGGUACCAUAGUGUGAGACGCUGGGAACAAUGACUAUAAAACAUGCUAUGGCACAUAUAUUUAUAGUCUGUUAUGUAGAACAAAUGUAAUAUAUUAAAACCUUAUAUUAUAUAUAACAAUCUUUGUACUUUUCACAUUUUGUAUCAGUAUUAUGUAGCAUAACAAAGGAUGUGAUGCUUUUGGCAACUGACGUCAUUUUAUUAAAAAAAAAAUUGAAACACUUGAA